AUGGCUAAAAUCUCUGCCGCUUGGACCCAGUUGUGUACCUCGGACAAGUUGCAACGCUCGUCACAUAUCCUUUCAGUCGUGGAUGAUGUUGCAUACAUAUUUGGUGGAGAGCUUUUGCCUAGGCAGCCGCGAGAUAACCAUGUCUACCAAAUGGACGUCAAAUCCGGGAGUGCCCAUUCCGUAGCGGUCGUGACGACGCCCUCAGCAUCCCCAUCACCUCGCGUUGGCUCAGCAUCUUCAACACUUAAUGGUAAGAUAUAUCUGUACUCGGGCCGUGGCGGAGAAGCCAUGGCCCCGGUCGAGGAGAACGGGGCAGUAUGGGUAUUCGAUCCAUCAGCAGUGACCUGGACUCUGCUUCCGCCAGCCGAUGCCUCAAAGCCAUUCCCUCCUGCCCGAAGCUACCACUGCUCCGCCAGCAACGGUGACGACAAAAUCUACAUACACGCUGGAUGCCCAGAAUCAGGACGGCUGUCGGACCUCUGGUCUUUCCAGCCCUCCAGUCGUACAUGGCUCCAACUUGCAGAAGCGCCUGCCCCACCGCGCGGCGGAACUUCCAUUGUCUUUCAGCAGGGCUUGUUAUAUAGGAUGCACGGGUUUGACGGCCAGACCGAGCAGGGCGGUAGCCUUGACGUUUAUGAUCCUAUGACCAACACUUGGUCAUCGCGACAGUAUUUGGCGGACGGGAUAUCAGGUCCCACACCAAGGAGCGUGAGUGCUGUCCUACCCGUCGUCGUCGGUGGCAAUCUUUCCCUGGUGACUCUGUUUGGCGAAAGAGAUCCUAGUUCCCUCGGCCAUCAAGGGGCAGGGAAAAUGCUCGGGGAUGUUUGGAUCUACGAUAUUGCUUCUGCCACAUGGUCCGAGGUUGCAACCACAAGGACUGAUGCUUCUGAUGAACCACCCACAAGAGGCUGGUUCGAUGCAGAUGUAGUUAGCCACUCAGAGAUCUUGGUUCUCGGUGGCUUGGGAGAAACGAAUGAACGGCUGAACGAUGCUUGGCUGUUAAAAUUCUGA